AGGGCAGCUUUCCAAGCACCUGUCUGUGCCGUGGGAGGCAGCGAUGACUCCGCUCCCCACCGCUCGCCUCGGGGUGCUGCAGGGCAGCUGCCUGCUAGCAGCCUGACCAGGAACCGGUGGAGGAAGCAGAGGGAGAAAUCUAAAGAUGCUGCCAAAUGAUGAACAGGUCUGGACAAUGAGGCAAUUCCCAUCUUGCUCGGAGAGUUGGCACCUCUGGGUCAACAUCGAGGUCUGCCAUUUGCUGGGGAGCUCCAAGGCUGUGGUUACAGCAGUGCUGGUGAUUGAAGGAUGAAAUGGGUGUGUUGAGUAUGUCAUUUAUAUAGCUGUGGAAGGCUUUAUCAGCUCUUGCGGAAACUUUCCCCUGCACACACGCUCACACCACUCAAGACUGGAGCUGUAGUGGAGGAAAAUGGAGCCUGUAGAUCUCCUGGCAUUUGCAUCCACAGAAAUGAAUAGUACAACGGUUACCCUGGCUUUGCUGGCUGUCUUCCUGGUUCUGCUGUAUUGGUACUCCACCUCUGCGUUCUCCAAACUAAGCAAAGUAGGGAUCCGACAUCCUCCACCUCUUCCUUUCAUUGGAAACCUGCUCUUUUUCCGUGAGGGUUUUUGGGAAAACCACACAAAACUCAUAACGGAGUACGGACCUGUUUGUGGAUACUACAUUGGUCGCCAGGCGUUUGUGGUGGUCUCCACACCAGAGAUGAUCAAGCAAAUCUUAGUGACAGACUUCAGUAACUUCACCAACAGAACUAAGCCGAAGUUGAUUUCCAAGCCGAUGCUUGACAGCAUCCUUUGUCUUCGUGGUGACAGAUGGAAGUAUGUCCGGAGCCUCCUGACCCCAGUCUUCAGUGAUACCAAACUGAAAGAGAUGACACCACUAAUAAACCAGGCCUGCGACGUCCUGCUGUGUAACUUGAAAGUCUAUGCAGAUUCUGGCAAAGCUUUUGAUAUCCAGAGAUGUUACAACUGCUUUACCUUGGAUGUCGUUGGUAGCGUAGCUUUUGGUACUGAGGUGGAUUCUCAGAAGAACCCCAAUGACCCCUUUGUUGAGAAUUGCAGAACAUUCUUUGAAAUGUCUUUGUUUAAGCCUCUCCUCAUUCUAAUCCUUUCCUUCCCAUUCAUAAUGAUACCAUUGCUCCAGAUUUUGCCAAACAAGAAACAAAAGGAACUGAAUGGAUUUUUCAUCCAAACCAUAAAAAAUGCAAUUGUCUUCAGACACCAGCAAGAUGCAGCUGAGAGGCGCAGAGAUUUUCUUCAGUGGAUGCUCGACUCUCGCAAUUCAGCUGACUCCCUGGCAGCCGGUUGUUUUGAUGUGAUCAGUCCAUCUGCUGCUUCCAGUCGGAAUGAGACACCUCUUGCUGGCAGGACCUCAUCUGAAAAGGUUCAGAAGAUGUUAACGGACGAUGAGAUAGCAGGCCAAUCUUUCCUGUUCCUGAUUGCUGGGUACGAGACCACCACUAGCACACUCUCCUUUGCCACAUACUUGCUAGCCACCAACCCAGAGUGCCAGGAGAAGGUGCUUCAGGAGGUUGAUGAGUUCUCAGCAAAACACAUGGUCCCUGAUUACCAAAAUAUACAAGAGCUCACUUAUCUGGACAUGGUGAUUGCAGAGACAUUGCGCAUGUACCCACCCGCCUUCAGGUUCACUCGGGAAGCAGCUAAAGACUGUGUAGUUCUGGGGCAGCGUAUUCCAGCUGGGGCUGUCAUUGAAACUGCAGUUGGACAUCUCCACCACAACCCUGAGUUCUGGCCAGAGCCUGAGAAGUUCAUUCCUGAGAGGUUUACAGAGGAGGCCAAAAGGGAACGACACCCCUUUGCAUACCUGCCCUUUGGAGCAGGACCCCGUGGCUGCAUUGGCAUGAAGAUGGGUUUGCUGGAGACAAAAAUUACUCUGCUGAGGAUUUUGCAGAAGUUUCGAUUUAAGACCUGCCCAGAGACUGAGAUUCCUUUGCAGCUGAAAUCAACAGCCACACUUGGACCAAAAAAUGGAGUCUACAUUAUACUAGAAUCUCGCUAAAAGAAAAUGUACAUCCUGAAAACUUCUGGGAUGGGAGCACUUCUUCAGUGACUCACUGGGUAUAAUGAUUUUUCAAAACCUCAGAGACAGGUAGAAGACUAAGUCCCACUGAUGGUCAGUAGGUGCUGCCUCAGUGCCCUCCUGUGGGAGGUCCUCCAGUCACUUCUUAAAAUUUGAUGUGGGCUCCACAGUCAUUUGGUGGUUUUCAAAUUGCUGUGGAUAGUAUCUGUAAAGAAGCAUCCCACUUUCACUUGCUUUUCUACAUUACAUUUCCUUUCACUCAUCUUUGAGCAUGCUUUUUUCAUGCUCAAGUUCAAUGAAUGGAACAGGUGUUAAGCAUAGAUUUUAAUUUCAAUUCAUUAUCUUACACAUCCUUCUCAUGCACUUCUAAGUCCCUACUCUAGAAAAAGCCCAAGAGGCACCACAGUUAUAGAAGACAACCUAGGAUCCAGUACAUUGGAUUUUAUCCUGAACUCUGCUAAAAAUCAAGGUGGAAUCUCCUGCACAAUGCUUAACCUAUCCCUGUAUCUGUAAAGUGGAAGGAGUUGCACCUUCUUCAUGCUUUUGAAGUGAUUUGAAAUACGCUUAGAUUAACAAUGUGCACUUGGCACAUUGCAUCGACAUGAUUGAAAAGGAGUUAAGAGUUCCCCCAUUUACCAGUUAAGUUCCAUUAGCUAAGACCAAAGAAAUGAAGUGGCAGCUGUUUUUCUGGUUACUGAACUGCUGUUGGCCAGGUGGAGAAAAGAAGAUACAAAUUUAAUGAAAGCAGGGAAAUCAGAGGAAAUUUAAGGAUAUUGAGAAGGUGUUGGUACAACCUCUGCUUCACGGCUUUGAGGCCUUCCCUUUCCAAGCAUUGCACUUGGCACCAUCCUUGUCUGGCUCAUUGACUCAAGGAAAUCGAGUGCUACAUGCACUAAAGCCAGUGGCAAGGGAGUGGGAUCCAGGAUCAUCAGUCCCAGCGGCUCUCUUGAUUCCCUAUGUGACCUCAGAGCAGAUAAUGUCCCAAGUGCCUCACUCCACUCCGGAAGGAACCUGUCUGAUUGCCAGCUGCAGCAACACCACGGAUCCAUUCAAGCUGUGUGGCUGUGCAUGCGCUUUUUCACAGCCAAAGCAGCAGUGCGCUGUCACCAGUGCGCUGUCACACUUCCUGUUCCCUCCAUGUUCUUUCCUACUCCUCAACCUGAAAAAAAACGCAUUUCCUUCAGUGGGCACUGCAAACUGGUUGGCUGUAAAACAAAACCAUGAGAGAAGAUGGUCUCAGUCUCAGGGUCCUUUGUUUUUCUUUUUUCUUUUUUUAAUUUUUAUAAAUAGCAAAAAUUCUUAGCACACCAUAAGAAUAAGGAAGCACCUUUCAGUUCUUUGCAAGCAUUGACUUUCUUCUUCCUGACAUACUCUGGUUGAGGUUUCCUUAGCACCGCUCUUGGUGAUGUGCACAGGGAAGUGUCAUGGCAGCAGUAGGAAGAGGCUGACUGCUCAGCUUCACUGCAAGGAUUGCUGGAAGGAGCCAUCUGCUCACUGAUCCCUACCUGUAGUUUCUCUCCCGCAAGCACCUUUUGCUGCCUUCUUCUCACAUGCUGCCUUAACACUGGUCAAAUUACUGUUUCUUGCUCCUGGAAGAUUUUGUCUUUCUCUUUCAUGGGAUUUUUUUUUUUAAACCAGAACUGUACAGGGAGUAAGGUGAAGUACUGACCUCGAAGUCGUGGAAUUGUUCCUAUUUCGAUGGAGCAUCUCUGGCAUGCUAAUGAGGUGCCCUGUUACAGACACCGAUUAUAUGAAUUACUGAUGGAAUGAUUCUUAUUUAUUUGAAAAGCAAUAUAGUGCAUAUACCAUCAUCUCUACACAUUGUCCAUCAUUUUUGCCUCAUAAAAGUAGUGUGCUGGCAGCUGAUUUACUGUACAGCUUAUCCAUACAACUGGCAAAAAGUUGGAUGGGCCUUGCUUAAAAACAUCCCACCUACCUGAAUGAGCAGGAAGGUUACUCCAGUCUGAAGUUAGCUGUGACAGGGUUGUUUGUCCCUUCAAAUUUUUUUUUACUGUUUUUCUUCCUUAUAUGACUUAACAGGUCAUUGUGUGCUUCAUUUUUGAACAAAUACUCCAAGACUAAAUCAAGCUUAUGUCUUUCCUCAAUACACUUUUGUAUCGACUGUUCUACAGCUUGUCUGAAUGCUGUUUGUGUCCUCAGUAUUUGUCUGAGAGAGUGCCACUAACGUGUGGAGUGUUGAACAACGCAUAUUUCAGUGCCUGAAAUGAGCACUAUUAUCCUGAAUACCAUGUUGACUCCACUGGAAGAAAAUGGUGGCUGCAGCUGUGCAUCACAUUUUACAGACUUAGAAACUACACUACACCAAGAGUGUUUCCCAGCCGCUUCUAAGUUGGACACAGACAGUAUGUGUGCGAGUAAACUCGUUUUGAGUCUGUGCUAAUGUUUUUUUCAACUGUCCAGCAAAGUUUUCUGGUUAGGAAGUAUUACCUAUUUUCACUUGUCAGUUUGUAGUGGUAUGGAAUAGAGGAAUUAUUUUUGCAGCUGUGAGCCAAGCCACAUUUUUAGAAGUGCAUCAUCCCUUAUUCUGCAUGCAGGCCUAGCGAGUCAGCUUGAGAUAUAAGACAAAGAAAAAACUGCCAACUUUUCAGUACUAUAGGAAGAACCUCAAGCCAUUUCUUCCUUCUAAACAACCGUCUGUUUAAACAGCAGCUGAUAGAGUCACCAGACACUGCAGAGUCUUCUAUUUUACCAGGAUACUUAAUGAUGCUGGCCCUCUCCCUGGCUGUGUGGGCUUAACAGCAUACCUAUAGAAAGAGCCAUGCUGAGGGACUGGCGCCGCUCUAGCCCUCUGGAAGCACAGGUUUGCAGAAAACAAGACAGAAGACUGACAACAGCUCUGCAAACCAGAAACUGGUAAUAUCCUGUUUAUCACCACGUGUUUGUGCACCCAUAUAACACAGUCCCAAACUGAUCCUGAGCAGAUCUGGCUUUAGUAUUCAUUAAAAAAUAUAACUUUUUUUUUUUAAUUAUGUUUAUAGUUGCACCAUCAAAAUAAACUAUAUCCUUAAGUUAUGGUGACUGUUAGCAUUUGUGGUACAGCAUGUUUCAAUCAACAGCAGUUGAUUCUGAGCAGAUGAGAGGAAGAAGGAAGCUGAUUUAGAAUAUUUCUCUCCUCAGAAACAGUAAAUGUGUUGUCUUGCAUUGCUGAGCUGUGGGUUUGUUUAAAAUCGGGCAUGUCUGUUUUACAAAAGGGUUUUAGUCAUUCUCUGACAGCCAAUAUGAAGCAAACGCUGUUUGGUAAAGGAAAGCUUCUAUUAAAAACAUCUUCUGGGACUUUGCAAUGAUUAUGGAAAGCUGUCAGUAUAAAGUGGUAUUUUUAAUGACAGUGCUGAGUUAGAAAGCAUUUACAGUUCUGUAGUUUAUAAAUAGUAUUCCCGGAAUAAUGGAACUGGGUGUUAAAAAUUGUUAUGCUUGAUUGAUUGUAAAUUUGAACUAUCUAUUCUUACCUGGCAUUAAACUGCAGAAUUUCAUGCUUCCUGAAA